AUGGCUGACUAUUACGAUAUUGAAAAAGAAAAUAUAGAUCAAGAUCCAACGAAAAAAGAAGGCGAAAGAAAUGAUGAUGAAAUAAUAGAAGUAAUGGGUGAUGAACCGAAGAAUAAAGAGACAGAUUUCUUUAAACAUGAGGAUGAACCAAAACUUAAAAAGGUUGAUUUCUUUGAAAAAGAUGAUGAACCGAAACAUAAAAAGGUUGAUUUCUUUAAAAAAGAUGAUGAAACUGAAAAUACCAAGACGGAUUUCUUUAAAGGUGAAGGUGAACUGAAACAUAAAAAGGCUGAUUUCUUUGAAAAAGGAACAAAAAAUAAAGCAUUGGAUUUUUUUGAAAGAGAAAAUUGA